AUGAAACUGAGUUAUUUCAUUUGUUCUUUUAGUGGAAAGGACCAGUUACUACCUAGCCAACACGAAGGUGAAAGACUAUGUCAAUUACUUCCUAACUGUGAACUCCGUAAAUUUGAUGAUAGUGGCCAUUUCUUAUUCCUGAAAGGCAACCUUGACCUAGUAACAAUAAUCAAGGAAACUUCAUACUACCGGCGUGGCAAGUAUCAUGACUAUGCUUCAGAUUUCAUACCGCCUACACGAGAUGAGGUCAAUAAAAUAAUAGAAUCAUACAGUUUGUUUAACUUCAUCACUAGCUUUGUAAUGCUUUCAACUUUGGAGGAUGGAAAGAUUGUAAAGGGCCAUGCUGGAAUUCCUUCUGAGGGGCCUGUUUUGUUAGUUGGGAAUCACAUGCUACUAGCAUUGGACAAAUUUUCCUUGUUAAAUCGAACUUAUACUAAACGAGACAUCACUGUUCGAGGAAUGGCACAUCCCUUUAUGUUUAGGAGACUGAAAAGUGGAAGAUUGCCAAAAGUAUCUUUUUUUGACUGGUUAAGAGUUAUGGGUAUUGUUCCUAUAAUGGCGACUAACCUUUUCAAGCUAUUUUCUUCCAAGUCGCAUGUCCUAUUAUUUCCUGGAGGGUUUCACAAGGCUUUUCAUAGGAAGGUAAAUCCAUUAAGUUGA